AUCAACGGCGUGACCGACGAUCAACAAACGACCCCCGUUCGCCCGUCCAGGAUAUGUUGCGGGUGGCUCGUGUGCAGGUGUGAGUGAGUGUGUGUGUGUGUAUAUCUCGAAGCAAACGAUAGUGCACGUGUGUGUGUGUGUGUGGUGACGAGGCGAUGGUGGCGAACCGACGGCUGCUGCUGGCGGGCGGACUGCUCUGCCUGUUCGCCCUACUGCUGGUGGUGGGCGAGGCGGACGGGUUCCGGCUGCGCGAGCACGGCCAGGAGGAGGGGCUCGCGGUGGUGAAGCGCAAGGUAGCGCCCCGCGGCAAAGGUGACGCACCGUGGUCGGCGGUGACGCGCAAACCCUGGCCAGUGAAGGACGAUGACGACGAGGACGACGAGGAUGAGGAGGAAGAAGAUGAGGAGGAGGAGGAUGAGCAGGAAACGGAAGAGCAGGCCGCCAUCCGGAGAGCGACCCAGCAGCGGCUGCUCCGCGCCCGGCACGGGCUGAAGAGCCGCGACAAGCGCCCGGUGGCCGCCGCGAGCGAACGGAGGGAGACGGUGCGCGGUCGGGGCGAUGCUGCCGCCGCCGCCGACAACGACGACGACGAUGAGGAUGAAGUAGCCGAAGCCGAGCCGCGCUCUAUUUUUAACCUGUUCGGGUUGCUUGGCUCAAGGCAGCGCACCGACAGCGAUGACGAGCGACGAACCGCCGACGGUGACGUCGAUGACGACGACGAUGACGAGAAAGAGACGCGCCAGCACACGAAGGAGAAGCAGCGGGAGCCGGUGCGGACCGCACGGAAGGGGCAAGAGCCGGCCGACGAGGCGAGCUGGCUGGAAGGGUUGAAGCGCGCGCUCGAGACGGUGCUGAAGCCGGCGGCCGACGACCAUGCGGCGAAGGCGGAUGCGUCGGACGGUGGGCUGCUGCGGUGGGUGCAAUCGUUCCGUGCCGAUCCCGACCGGAAGGAGCAGGACAACCCGAUCAUCAACCUGCUCGCCAGCUGGCUCGCCACGGCGGACGGGGGGGCCGACUCGCAGGAAGAGAUUCGCUUCCGGCCCAUCGGCUCGUACGCCGACGACGGUGAGGCGGACGCGGACGACGGCAACGCCCCGCCCCGGCAGCGCGGCCGGCCCAGGACCGCGCCCGACUCGAAGCUGGUCCAGCUGCUCAACCACAGCCCGAUCGCGUCCCUCUUCCAUCCGGCCGAGCUGCCGGCCGAGCCGCCGGUCGAGGCGGGCCCGAAGCGCACCAAGCGUUCGGCCGCCGACGGGCCGGCCCGGGUCGUGAAGCAGCGCAUCGCCAUCUCGCCGGAGGACUUCGAGCAGCUGCUGCUGCGCGUGCCCUCCUUCGUGCCGGACUACACGCGGGUCCGGGGGGCCGAGUGCCGCCGGCAGGGCGAAAUCUUCGAGCGGCAGCUGCGGGGCAAGCGGCUCUGGGCGCUGCAGAUGAUCGAUGCCAGCGCGCGGCUCGCCUCCGGGCUGCUGCGCGGCAACGCCAACCAGCUCGGCGACUUCGACCUGUGCACCGGCAUCGCGACGCGCGUGCGGGUGCGCGAGGACGAGCUGGUGCGGCUGCGCGGCAAGUACUGUCUCGCGCACGUGGACGUGGUGGCGGAGGAUGCCGAGCUGCGCGUCCCGGUGCAUCUGCUCCAGGGCGGCGGGUUCGUCAAGAGUACGCUCAACGAUCCGGACCACUUCCUGCCUCGCUUUACCACGAUCAACUGGGGCAUCUGUUUGCCGGCCGCCUGCUCGUUCGAGGACGCGGGCAGCAUCGUGCAGCACUUCGUGCGGCCGUACAACUCCACCGGCAUCAAGCUGUUCCUCGAGCUGGAGGAGGCGAACUGUCACGUCCGCCAGGUGCGCACCUGGUCCCGGCUGCUCAAGGACCACUGGCAGCUGGUAGCCGUGUUUGGCUUCUACACGUUCGUGGCCGUGGUAACGCUGGUCGCGACGCUCAACGACUACGAAAUCUUCAUCAAGAUUGAGCCACCGUCCGCGCAGGACUCGCCGCUCGAUCCGCCCGAGCGCCGCACGACGAACGCGUUCCACCAGACGCUGAUGGCGUUCUCGCUCAAGCAGACGCUGCCGCAGCUGUUCGGGGCGGCCGGCGGGGCGUCCGACGACCAUCUGCCCUGCCUGGACGGGCUGAAGGCGCUGGCCGGCGCUGCCCUCUUCCUAGCGCUGCGGCUCGUCCCGCUCGGCUACCAGCCGUUCACCAACCGGAACGAGUUCACCGACAGCUUCAACGCACCGUGGAGCGUCGCGGUCCGGCUGCUGAUGCUGUACGCGGACGUGUUUCUGGUGGUGAGCGGCUUCCUGGCCGCCUACCGCAUGGUGCGGGAGUACCGCGAGCGGGCCCGCGUCUCCUGGUUCAAGCGCAUCGCCGGCCGGUACCUCAGGCUGGUGUUCCCGCUCGUGCCGGUGCUGAUGUUCUACGCCUGGGUCUGGGAGCACCUCGGCAGCGGACCGCAGUGGGGCGACGUGGUGACGAAGAACGCGAACCUCUGCAAGCACGGCUACCUCAGCAAUCUGCUCUUCAUGCACAACUGGUACCCGAUCGAGGAGACGGUCAGUACGGAGCGCGCCCGCUCACAGCGCUCUUCCACAGCUCUGCAUCACUCACCACGCUCUUUUCCACUCACGCUGUCUCUCACUCUCUCUCUCUCUCUCCAGUGCGCUCCGCACACCUUCCAGCUGGCGAUCGAGAUGCAGCUGAGCGUGCUGGCCCCCUUCCUGCUGGUGAUACUGGUGCGCAGCCCGUUCUACGGGACCGCCGCCUACGUCCUGCUGAGUGCGCUCUCGACCGCGAUCCGCUUUGCCGCGACGACCGAGGACCGGCUGGCCCCGUACGUGUUCCACGGCGUCCGGCUGACGCAGCUCUACCGCACGCUCAACCUGUCCUUCGCCGAGACGCUGCACCGCCUGACGCCCUACCUGGCCGGGUUCGGGCUCGGCUACCUGCUGCAGGAGGUGGGCCGGUCGCGCCCGGAGCGCGGCGUCCGGUACGCCGGCUGGCUCGGGGCCGCCGUCGCCCUGCUCUGGUGCGUCUGCUUCCCGCUCGACAUCGUGCGCAAGGACUUCCGGUACGAGCCGGCCGACGCGGCCCAGUUUGCCGCCCUCGCACCGCUCUCCUGGUCGGUCGGCCUUUGCUGGACCAUCUACUACUGUCUGACCGAGCCGGCCAGCUUGCUCAGCCGGCUGCUCAGCUCCCGGCCGCUGGUCUGUCUCGGGCGGCUCACCUACUCGCUCACGCUCGUGCAGUUUCUCGUGUUCUUCUACUUCGCCGGCACGACGCGCGGCACGAGCGUGUUCAGCUUCGCCGGGUACGUGCACCGGACGGAGGUGUGCAUUGCGCUCGGAGCGGCCCUCGCCCUCACGCUGCUGUUCGAUCUGCCCAUCCAGAACGUGAAGCGGCUGCUCGACCAGUACGGUGUGUUCGAGGGGCUGGAGGUGCGGCCGUCGGUGCAACCACAGCAGCAGCCGGCGGUUGAGACCGAGCCGGUGGCGGAACCAGAGCCCGAAAAGAGUGAACCGACGGAGGGAGCGGCGUCGGAGGGAGCGGCACCGGAGCAAGCGGACUUUGUGAGCCCGUUCGACGAUCAGGAGGAGGAAGAUGAGGGCAUCUGGCUGCGCAAGCGUACGGCCGCGGCGGUGCAGGAGCCGACCGCUCCGGAGGAGGACUUCUGGGCCCAGAGCUCCGAGCCGGAGGUGCAGGAGGAGGCAGCUCCGAAGGAGAGCGCAAUCGAGCCCGAAUCACCGUCCGCGACGAACCCGAAGGAGGAAGAGCCUGAGCAGGAGGAGGAGGAGGAGGAGGAGGAAGAGGAAGAAGAGGAAGAGGAAGAGGAGGAGGAAGAGGAGGAGGAGAUCGACGAGGAGAAGGAGGUGAAGCGACGCCCCGCCACCAACGGUGCCAGCUGGUCCCGCCCGUAGCACCACGAAGCGCCGCGACGACGCCAACGCAAUAUAAACAACGAACUUUAUUUAACUAAAAGACAACGACAACCCGUUUAAAGUGUCA